AUGCCCUCCGCCCUCUUGGGCGUCUCGUCGCAAUCUAGGAGAAAGCUCAAAGCUUUCGCGUUCGACGAAAGACUGCUGGCUGGAGACGAAGACAAGGAGAACCAACAGGAUCAAAAUGCUGUCACAAAACCCAGUUCGGACCACCGUGACUAUACACGCCAGGACCAGAUGACCGAGCCUAGAGUUCCCCAUACACCCGCAGUGCGCAUCCCGAUCGAAGACCUCAUUGCAAAUACCGAGGAUGCAUACAAUUGCCCUCCGCCAGAAGGAACACCCAAAGAUCACGUUCUCUGGCAGACACAUCCGGAUAGUUCAGAUGCGUCAGCAGCAGCAGGUGCUACACAAAGGAGCAGGAAACGCGCUCAUAGUUCCUCACCCGUCUCCUCGCAACAAGUCUCUGCGCACAGGGAUGCCUUGAAUCUUGACACCCUGAACAAGUCCCUCCGCACUCCCAAUAAUGAUCCUACUCAGGAUCUAUGGAACAGAUACACAACCGCCAACGGGUUGAAGAAAGAUGGGAAAGAACCUAGCUUGCCGGCAUACGGACAUUUGCUUCCUUCGUCCCCUCAAACACCGAGCACCGCCAGUAAGGACAGCAGCUUGAGGCGAACACACAGCUGUGGGGUCGAAUGGCCUACAUCAAAAUCGAAGCGCAGAAGGACAGAGACGACCCAGCACCAUAGCCGCACCAAAGAACUAUUUGCCGCUUCCCGCAAGGAGAUUCUUCGCCGUGACCUUUCCAAUAAUACUCGAGUUGGCCUUCUGCUCGACAGAAUUCAGGAAAGUUUGACAAGGAAGGUUGACGCAGUGGAAGACCCCUCAAGCUCCUCUCCUUUGCCAGACAGGUGCUCGCAGGCAUUUGUAUCGCCAACCAAACGGCCGAACGGGACCAGACCCAGGUCCAGUGGUCCAGACGCACCUCACGUCUCCCAAGUAGCUCAACCGAAGAAAACUAUAUCCCCGUCUGAAGCAUCGUCAUCAUUUGAAUUCAGCGACGAUGGUCUCGAUGUUGAAGCUUUCGAAAGUGCUGAACGGGCCCUUGGACAAGCCGAGGCGAAGAACCAAAUAAGUCACAUUGAACCAGAUCGCAAUGGCAACGGGUCGAGUACGCGUUCUCGUUCUUAUUGUCACGAUGAAGGCGGAACCCUCCAACUGGAUGGUUCUCGAGACCAAAAUGAGAGGCAGCCUAACGGGAAUCAGGAGCCAAUGCAUCCGGGGGCUGUAGCUGCAGGAUUUGAUGAAUUUAAUGACGAGGAUGACGACGACGAAGAAUUAAUGAAUGAGAUGCUUGAUCUUGCUGCAAAGUAUGAUUCACAGUCGCAAGCAGUGGUAGCCAAUCCACCAGGCUUUUCGAAGCCGACGGCACCCAAACCACAAACCAGGCACCUUGAAACACUUGACGAAUUCGAAGACGUAUUUGAUGACGAUGAUGAGAUUUGGGAGGACAUUGCCAAUGCGACUUAUGACAAAAGCAGGACGCCAGUCACAUCCAAGGAUCAUACAUCAAUUGACAAUCGAGCCAUCAAACGUUACCUCGUUGUGGAAGUCCUUGAGAGUGAAUACGAAUACAAACCUGGCCGUAAAAGACCAGAAAAAAUGCUUUCAGUCAAAGAUGAGAGGUCCAACAUGUGCUAUAUCAUCUUGUUACGAGAAUCCUGGUACGAUACCAGAUGUACCAAGGGGUCUUAUGUUCAUGUGAUUGGCAAGUUUGAUCGCACAGGUCAAUGCGUGGUCAAUGACGCUGAGAAUAUGGUUAUUGUUCAUCCUGACCACCUCAUUUCCUCGACUGUUGUCGGAGAUUCGUUCACUUGUAUGCGUCGUGCCGUGCUGCAAGACAGGGUAAAGGCCACCAGCGCAGCCAGUCAGCCUCAGGUUUACGGCCACAUCCUGCAUGAAGUCUUCGGACAUGCUUUGCGGAUAAACAAAUGGGAUAUACAAUCUUUCAGAGAGAUUAUCGACAAGACUCUUCCAUCUUACAUCGAGUCGCUAUACGAAAUCGGUGUUCGAGUACAGGAAGCAACGGAAUACCUUUUGGGGAAAACGCCUGAACUGAUGGCAUGGGCGAGUGUCUUUGUUGGUGAUACUUUGUCAACAGAUGCUCUCAUCCGUGACCGCAACGGUCUUCUCGUUCCCACUACCAUUAACAAGUUGCUCGAACUCGAAGAACAUAUCUGGUCUCCCAUGUACGGACUCAAAGGUAAUAUCGACGCUACAGUCCAGGCACAGAUGAAAUUGCCCAAUGAACAAUCCACGAGGACUCUACUGGUACCCUUCGAGCUGAAAACCGGUAAGAAGGACAAUGUCGAGCAGCACCGUGUCCAAACAGCGCUUUACACGCUGCUCUUGUCGGACAGAUACGAUAUUGCUGUAACAUGCGGCAUGCUCUACUAUAUGGAAAGUUCCAAAACAUACAGGGUUGAAGGCAUCAGAAACGAGAUACGCCACAUGAUCAUUCAGCGAAACGAAUUGGCAUGCUAUGUUCACGACAAGUUAGCCUUGCCACCCAUGAUCAAGAAACAACACCUUUGUAAAAGCUGCUAUUCAAAGGCAGCCUGCUUCACGUACCACAAGUUGUCCGAAAAUGGCACUGCGGAGACCAGUGGCCUGGGGGAGAAGUUCUACGAAGUUGUCGAUCACUUGUCGCCGGUUCAUCAGUCCUUCUUCAAGAAAUGGGAUGAUCUGCUCACGAAGGAAGAGCGCGACAGCAUGAAGUUCCGCCGCGAGCUUUGGACCAUGUUGAGUUCAGAGCGAGAGGCACUUGGGCGUUGCUUCUCAGAAGUAGUUAUUCAACCUGGGUCGGCACUUGAAAAUACGGAAAGCUCCAAAAUCAACAGAUUCGAGUAUACCUUUAUCAAACAUUUGCCUCGUCCUGGCUUCUCGUUUAGAGAUUCACAGAUUACCACCGGAGAACCAAUUGUGAUAUCGGACGAAAAGGGACAUUUCAACUUUGCAGCCGGUUUCGUCACGAAUGUACAGCCUACUAGGGUCGUGGUAGUGGUUGACCGGAGACUCGAACGUGCAAAAAAGAGACUGGAAGGCUUCGAUCCUGUGACCAACCAAGUAUUCUCUGGUCAUGUCGAUGUGGCUGACAAUGGCAACUCACACUGUUCGCAACAGGAUGAGCCCAUCCUCUACCGGAUUGACAAGGACGAGUUUGCGAAUGGGAUGGCUACGGCACGGAACAACAUCCUUCGAAUGAUGGAAAAAGAUCUCUGGCGAGCACGAGAGCUUCGGCAGUUGAUCAUUGAGAAUAAGCGUCCAGAGUUCAAGGUCACUUCCACCGCCUACUCACUAUCCGGACCAGCCUCACAACAGAAUCUCAAUGUCGAUCAGCAACGAGCCAUUGAGAAGGUGAUGAGUGCCAAAGAUUAUGCCCUCGUCCUCGGUAUGCCGGGCACGGGGAAAACCACAACCAUUGCUCACAUCAUCCGUGCCCUCGUUUCGCAAGGCAAGUCGGUGCUACUUGCAUCGUACACACAUACCGCUGUGGACAACAUCCUGUUGAAAAUCAAGGACGAUAGCAUCCCCGUCCUACGGAUUGGAGCAGUCAACAAAGUGCAUCCCGAGGUGCAAUCGUUCGCCGACAUUUCAGGAAUUCCCAAACGCACAACUGAAGAGCUCCACGUCUCGUGGCACGAAAGUAAAGUCGUGGCAACCACUUGCCUUGGUGUCAACCAUGGGAUCUUCAAUGCGCGGACAUUCGACUUCUGCAUUGUCGACGAAGCCUCUCAGAUCACGUUGCCAGUGUGCUUGGGACCGAUCCGCAUGGCCAAAACCUUUAUCCUCGUGGGUGACCACUAUCAACUACCACCUCUGGUCCAGAAUAAACAGGCUUUGGAGGGCGGUCUAGAUGUGAGCCUGUUUAAACUGUUAUCUGAUGCGCAACCAGAUUCCGUGGUCAACUUGGAACACCAAUACCGAAUGGCGGAGGACAUUAUGCUCCUGUCUAAGGAACUUGUCUAUUCGGGUCGAAUCAAAUGUGGCAAUGAAGUCGUUGCCAAACGAAUGCUUGAAAUCCUAGAUCUUGACGGCGGGUUGGCUGCACAUCAUUUUACCGCGUCUUCCUUAGCUCAGGCCAGCAAUCAUUGUACACAAACUGUCUGCCUCGCCAGCUCCAGCUGCUGGCUCCGAGGCGCCCUCUCCCCUUCCUCUCGCUGCCUCUUCCUCAAUACUGACACCAUCACACCCCGGAAUUCAGCACGAGAAACCGUGGCAGGUGCCCGGAUCACCAACAGAAUCGAAUCGAUCCUUACGGCACAGCUGGUCACCACCUUAAUUCACUCCGGCGUUGCGCCCAGCUCCAUCGGCGUAAUCACGUUCUACCGUUCUCAACUGGCACUCCUGAGAACCGACGUGAAAGCCUUGGCCGGCUCUGUCGCGUCCAGCGAGGUAGAGAUGCAUACCGCAGAUAAAUAUCAAGGGCGAGACAAGGAGGUGGUGAUAUUGAGUUGCGUGCGGAGUAACGACAAUAAUCAUGUCGGUGAACUGCUCAAAGACUGGCGACGGGUGAAUGUUGCAGUCACAAGGGCGAGGAGUAAGUUGUUGCUUGUGGGCAGCAGGAGCACUUUGGGAGGGAGUGGUGUACCCAUCCUGGAAGGCCUGACAAGGAUUAUGGAGGAAAGAGGCUGGAUACUGGAGCUACCAGGUGAAGCCAAUGAGAUGCAUUCCUUCGAGAGUGCGAUCACCCAGACCGACAACGGUCCUACACAAAAGUCCAGUGCAGAGGGAACGAGGGGUUCACCUUUAUCAUCGUCAGCAAAGAAACAAAAAAGAUCAAUCCUACAGACGAGCGGACAGGGCCACAGCUAUCCAGGUUCAGAGAAGAAGGAGAAACGACACCCCCUUAGGAAGCCGGACAAGGUUGUGAGAGGCACUACACUGGUUGGCGGGCCUGAUGGCGGCGUGCGGAAGCUUUUGGAUAAGCGACCGGUCUUGCGGAAUGUCUUGGAUGAGCUCGCCGGCGAUGGCUGUGGAAUCGACUUGGACAAAGAGAACGUUCAUCUGUACGAAGACAUUGAUAUGGACAUGGAUGCAGAUUUCGACCCUACGGAUUUUGGUGUAUACUGA